UUCAAGUUUGUAGUUGUAUUGUGGUUAUUUUCCCUGGGAAAUAUACAAGGCCAGACAUCGUGUCCAAACACACCUUGUUCAAUGCCACUUCAAUAUGUCUGUGGAGAUGAUGGAAAAACCUACUUUUGUCAGAGCUAUGUGAACUAUAAGAACUGCAGAGACAAGACCAGUAUUAGGGUCGUGCACAGUGGAACAUGCGGAAGUGUCCCAAACCAGUCCAACACCAGUCAGAUGACAGGCAAACCUACCACAAACCAACCCAGUUCUACUGCAAAACCAGUUAUUAACUACUGUGCUCAGAAUUGUUCUGACAAACCUGGAUUUUACUGCGAUAGUAAAGGAGGGAAAUAUGGAAGCCAGUGUGCUCUGCACCGAGUCCUGUGUAUCGUUCAGAAAAUACCAUUCUCAAGCCUAAAGGAAGUGCCAUGCAUUCCAGCAGAAUGGAGCAAAUGGAUUAAAAUUCCUCUCGACAUUGCAAAAGAAGUUGGAUCCAAUUUUAUUAAGAUUCCUGUAAACCUUGCAAAUGUAAUAUUGCCCAUCAUUGGGUAAAUAUGUCUGUGACAACUGACAUUUGUUCCCAUGAGGAAUUUAAGAUAUUUGAACCACACUGGUAUAGAAAACCAUGCCUAGGAUACAUACAACAUUGAACAUAUUUAGUGAUGCAGAUAAGUGACUAAGUAGCAAUUGACAUACUGUUAUAAAUUGACAGCAUUCAUUUUUGAAUUCAUGUUUGCCUAUAAAAAGUACAUUUAUGGAUAAUAUAAGUACUGGCAUGUGCAUUUUAUUUCUUGUGUCCUGUAUAUAUUUUUUCAUUUUUUGUAACUUGUUACUUUUUAAUUCAUUCCCUGUUAAAAAGUAACACCUUUAAAUAUGAUCAUAAUGUUUUGUGACAUUUUAUAGCCAAAUCUCUUUACACUUGUUCCAAAAUAAAAUUAGUUGCUGAUA